AUGAAGCGGUGCACCCUCGCUUUGCUCAUCAUCAUCGCGGCCAGCCGCCAAACGGUCACCACGAACGGGAACAGCUGCGAGACCAUCAAGAUCGGGGCGAACUUCUACCGACGGCAUCUCGUCGCGACGGUCGACGGGUACCCCACCGGCCUCGUCGUCGACCCAAGGACGGAGAACAUGUUCUUCGUCCUCCACAAACGGAACUACACCAGAGGGGUUCACCUGCUGCGUCACGGCGCUUUGGGGGUGCACGAGCUGCCGAUAUCCGACGACCUGACCGGCCAGUGCAUCGGCGUGGACGUCGCCAACAACAUAAUAUACAUCGGCACCAAUCAAGGCCUCGCGGUGUACGACCACGCGAAGGGCGAAAUAGCGGUCGAGAGGCCGAUAGGCGACGACGACGUCCGCAAAAUAUUCUUCGACAGGAGCGACGGUGUGAUGUACAUAACUACUGGACCCCAACACGAGGUGUUCCGCUUCGUGAACGGGUCGGCGGCGGUGAAGAGGUUUGAGCGAGUGCCCAAGGCGUACAACUUCGUCCUGGACUCGAAGGGCAACGCGUUCUACGAGUACGUGGACGGGCGGCUGUACUUCUUCGCGGCGGACCUGUUCGAGCCCGUCCAGUACAAGGGCCUGACGAGGGAGCUGAAGUACAUACUGCAGCUGAGCAACAACGAUGAGGCAAUAGUAGCGGUGAAGGGCUCGCUGUACCGACUGACGACCACCAAAAUAUUCCCCACCAAGAUCGGGCAGCUCGGCUUCAAGAUCACCGCGAUGACGUUCGACCAGCGGAACAACAUAGUAGUGGGGACGAAGGGCAAGAUAUACAGGUACAAGCCGGUCGACAACAGCGACCCCUGCCCACCUGACGAUUACUUCAUGUCGAGCAUA